AACACGCCGGGCCCACGGGUCAGUGAGAGGGAGCGCGCGCGGAAGGAGCGAAGCAAAGCAACCACCGAAGCCGGCCCGCUCCGGCAAGCAACCGGCCGUGGCUCCGGCGUCCGAUCGCCAUCCGGCAAUCGAGCUUCCCUUCCCUUCAAAGCCACUGCUUCCUCCCUCCUCAGUCCCUCCCUCGUGCGUGGCGGCUUCGCCUACUUAAAGCGCCCGCGCGCCUCCGGAGUCCGGAGCUCGUACGUACAUACAUACACUCUGCUCGCAGGAGCAAGCUAGGCAGAGGCUCUUCUUCUUCUUCUUCUUCUUCUUCUUCUUCUUGCUCCUCCUCCUGGUGCUGGUGCCUGGGUGGGGGAUUUAUGCAGACACGCGGGCGGCAUUAGUACUGUUUUGGCAAGCAGAAGCGUAUGGGUUCCAAAGAAGUGCUCCGUCAUGCAGCCUUGUGCCUGCCGCUCCUGCUCAUCUCCUUGGGCUGCCAAUGUCUAGCAUCGUCAGAAUUUCAGGCCACGCAGACGGCAACGCUCAAGGUCGAUGCGUCGUCGCAGCUCGCUCGGAAGAUCCCGGACACGCUGUUCGGGAUGUUCUUUGAGGAGAUCAACCAUGCUGGAGCUGGUGGCAUAUGGGCAGAGCUUGUCAGUAACAGAGGUUUUGAAGCUGGAGGACCCCAUACUCCAUCAAAUAUUGACCCAUGGUCUAUAAUUGGAGACGACUCUUCCAUAUUUGUGGCGACUGAUCGUACAUCAUGUUUCAGUCGAAACAUUGUUGCUCUUAGGAUGGAGGUUCUCUGUGACAACUGCCCAGCUGGUGGUGUUGGCAUUUACAACCCUGGAUUCUGGGGCAUGAAUAUAGAAGACGGAAAGACCUACAAUCUAAUCAUGUACGUUAAAUCAGCAGAAGCUGCGGAAUUGACGGUUUCCCUAGCAAGCUCUGAUGGGUUGCAGAAGCUAACUUCAGUUACCGUACCAGUUGCCGGCACGUCCAACUGGACAAAAGUGGAGCAGAAAUUGAUUGCUAAAGGAACAAACAGAACCUCAAGGCUGCAGAUAACAACUAACAAGAAGGGAGUUGUAUGGUUUGAUCAAGUAUCGCUCAUGCCUUCAGAUACGUUUAAGGGACAUGGUUUCCGCAAAGAACUGAUAUCCAUGCUUCUGGAUUUAAAACCAAGUUUCUUGAGAUUUCCUGGGGGGUGCUUUGUUGAAGGCGAGUGGUUAAGAAAUGCAUUCAGGUGGAGGGAAUCUAUUGGUCCAUGGGAAGAGAGGCCUGGACACUUUGGAGAUGUUUGGCAUUACUGGACUGACGAUGGCCUUGGAUAUUAUGAAUUUCUCCAGCUUUCUGAAGACUUGGGUGCUGCUCCAAUCUGGGUAUUCAACAAUGGAAUCAGCCACAAUGAUGAAGUUAAUACCGCUGCUAUUGCCCCUUUUGUAAAGGAUGUAUUGGACAGUCUAGAAUUUGCAAGAGGAAGUGCAAACUCGACAUGGGGCUCUGUUAGAGCUGCAAUGGGUCAUCCUGAACCAUUCCCGGUCAAAUAUGUUGCAAUUGGAAAUGAAGAUUGUGGGAAAAAAUUCUACGUCGGCAAUUACCUCAAGUUCUACAAUGCUAUACGGGUAGCUUAUCCAGACAUCCAAAUGAUUUCAAACUGUGAUGGCUCUUCUAGGCCACUUGACCAUCCCGCGGAUCUCUACGAUUUUCAUGUCUACACCGAUUCCAAGACUUUGUUUAACAUGAAGGGUACAUUUGAUAGAACAUCUCGUAGUGGGCCCAAGGCUUUUGUCAGUGAGUAUGCGGUUUGGAGAAGUGAUGCAGGUAGAGGAAGUCUUCUUGCUUCACUAGCAGAGGCUGCUUUCCUUACUGGAUUGGAGAAGAACAGUGAUAUUGUUCAGAUGGCAAGUUACGCACCACUCUUUGUAAACGACAAUGACCAAACGUGGAACCCAGAUGCUAUUGUAUUCAACUCCUGGCAACAGUAUGGAACUCCUAGUUACUGGAUGCAGAAGUUUUUCCGCGAAUCUAGUGGAGCCAUGAUUCAUCCGAUUACAAUCAGUUCUAGCUACUCUAGCUCUCUGGCAGCAUCUGCAAUCACCUGGCAGGAUUCAGGGAACAGCUUCCUGAGAGUAAAGAUUGUAAACUUUGGGUCAGAUUCCGUGAGCCUCACAAUCUCUUCAACUGGGCUUCAGGCUAGCAUCAACGCACUGGGAUCGAACGCUACCGUUCUCACGUCCAGCAAUGUGAUGGACGAAAACACUUUCAGUAACCCGAAGAAGGUUGUGCCGGUGGUGAGCCCGUUGCGCAAUGCUGCGGAACAGAUGCAGGUCACGCUUGCUCCGCACUCGUUCAGCGCGUUCGACCUCGCGCUGGCUCAAUCUGCGCUUGUCGCGGAGAUGUGAAGUAGCUGAUGCACAGGAGGUUAGCGACAGAUGAAAAAUACGAGAAAACACGUACACGAGUUGUGAUACACAGAUACAGGAGGUUGUAUGUACGUUGAUAAAAGACCGUACAGUGUAACAAACAGGAGAUACCACGUAUUAAAUAAAGUUCUCAGCCUUAUUUGCAGUCC